AUGGCCUCUCUCAUCACCACAGUUCGGAGCAAGUUUCUUGAGGCUAUUCGGUCUGUGAAUCCUCCGGGAAGAUGGAAGAUUCUAGUCGUCGACGAACACUCUCAGAAGUUGCUGGGGUCUGUACUGAAACAGUUCGAUAUUCUGGAGGAGAAUGUCACUCUCAUUGAAUCAAUAUCCACAAACCGGGAGCCUCAACAGUUUGAAGCCAUCUAUAUCCUCAUGCCGACCACCCAGAAUGUCGACCGUAUCAUCAGGGACUUCUCAAACGGACGCCAGCAGUAUCUCGCUGCCCAUCUCUUCUUCCUUGAAGGCCUACCUGAGCCUCUGUUUCAACGUCUCACGGAGUCUGCUGCCGAGCCAUACCUGAAGGGCCUGCGAGAGCUGUUUCUCAAUUUCUGGGUUCUCGAAGCACAGACGUUUUGUGUGAACGAGCCUGCCCUCUUCUUCAACAUGUACAGUCCACCCCGGAGUGAAGCGUCCUUUCGUGGUGCACGUGCGAGGCUUGAAGAGGAGCUGCGUUUCCUUGCCAAAUCUAUCGCCAACCUAUGCAUAACGCUCAAUGAGUUCCCAUACAUUCGCUAUUACUUCCCCUCACACCAUCUCCCGCUUGGGCCAUUGCAGCCAAAUGCCCAGACACGCGCGCCACCACCGACUGAAGGAAGCGGGCGUUGGAGAACAAACCUUGCACGGGGCGAGACAGCGCGUGCUUACGAGGCAGCAGACACAGAGUUUGCUACGCGCCUCCUCGCCUUCAUGGUUCAGCAGAACUUGGACGAACAUAAACGGUCGAACUCGGACUUUCCUAAACCGAGCGAUCCACCACGGCCUCGGGCAACGCUGAUCAUAACUGAUCGCUCGAUGGAUACCGUAGCUCCCCUGCUCCACGAAUUUACAUAUCAAGCCAUGUGCAAUGACCUUCUUCCCAUUAUUGACGGCACGAAAUAUAUGUACAAAUUUCAAUCUGCGCAAGGAGUUCAAGAAGACAAGGCUGCCACUCUGUCAGAUGCCGACACCGUUUGGACAGAGAUUCGGCACAUACACAUGCGGGAAGCCAUUGACAAGUUGAUGGCUGACUUUAACAAGUUUAUGCAAGAUAAUGCUGGGUUCAAGGGCGAAGGAGCAGCCAACCUCAAUGACAUGAAGGAUAUGCUUGCAAGCCUGCCGCAGUAUCAAGAGCAGCGGGAGAAGGCGACACUAAGAAUGGACCAGUUCUCUCUGCAUCUGAACAUGGCCCAAGACUGCAUGAACAUCUUUGAACGAGACAAAUUGACCGCUCUAGCUAGCGUAGAACAGAACUGCGCCACAGGUCUUACGCCUGAGGGUAAAACACCAAAGGGUCUCGUGGAGGAGAUGGUGCCGUUACUUGACGCACGCGACAUCGUAAACGCAAACAAAGUGCGCAUAAUAGCUCUUUACAUCCAGUAUCGAGAAGGCGUACCGGAUGAGGACCGCCGCCGGCUGUACCAACAUGCACGUCUCUCUCUGGCAGAGCAAGAUGCUGUCAACGCACUUGCUCGUCUGGGUUCACGCAUUACCAGGGGACCGACAGACAAAGAUAUCAAGAAGAAGUUGAAGCAGAAGCCUUCCCAGGACGAAGAGUAUGAUUUAUCACGAUACAAACCCUUGCUAACGAAUGUUAUCGAGGACCAUGUCGCAAACAAACUCGACUCUUCGCUAUUCCCUUAUGUCAAAGAUUCGCCUAUGGCUGUCACCCAGGCUGCAACUCUUCGUCCGACUGUUACACCUACGACCUCUUUGCGGAGCGCUAAGCCCAGUUGGCAUAAAGCUGCUCGAUCACAGGUGACUGUUGAUAACAAACAGCGUGUCAUUGUCUUCGUCGCGGGUGGAAUGACCUACUCUGAGAUUCGGGAGGCAUACAAACUUUCAGGCCCACUUAACAGAGAUAUUCUGAUUGGCUCGACGCACACUACGACUCCUGGUCGCUUCAUCGAUGACCUCAAGGUAGUCGACUUGAAUGGUGUUGGUUCACGUGCUGUUCCCAACGGAGUCGCAGGUCAGACUGCCCACGAAUCGUUUCAAGAAUAUUACGACCAGAAGUACUUUACGCCCGACCCACCUCCUCCAAAGAGUGCCGCUCCAGUACCUGAUCCGCCGAAAGAAAAGCACCAUCACUUACUUUCGAAGAUAUCCCCUUCGCCAUCGUAUUCAGGCUCGACGAUCUCCGUGAACAGCAGCACGGGCGAGAAGAAAGAAGAGAAGAAAAAGAAGCGAGGGUUGUUCCAUUUCUGA